GCGCAACUUGCUGCCGCUGCUCAGGCAAUGCAAACAAUUAGCAUCAAUGGUGUGCAAGUUCAAGGUGUUCCUGUUACCAUCACCAAUACCGGAGGCCAACAGCAGUUAACGGUGCAGAAUGUUUCAGGCAACAAUCUAACCAUCAGUGGCCUGAACCCUAACCAAAUCCAAUUGCAAAUGGAACAAGCACUCUUGGGGGACAUGCAGCCUGGAGAAAAGAGACGGCGGAUGGCUUGCACCUGUCCGAAUUGCAAGGAUGGAGAAAAAAGGUUGGGGGAUCAAGGGAAGAAGAGACACAUCUGCCAUGUACCUGAAUGUGGGAAGACCUUCCGUAAGACUUCCCUUCUGCGGGCCCAUGUACGUCUACACACAGGCGAGAGGCCUUUUGUCUGCAACUGGGUCUUUUGUGGAAAGAGAUUCACACGCAGUGAUGAGCUGCAACGGCAUGCCCGAACGCAUACAGGUCUGUCAAGUCAUUUCUCUUCUUCUCCCUUCUGCUGCAUCCCAGCUGUAGUUCUCCCAAUAUAAUGCAUAGAAAAAAUGGUAAAUACUAAAUAUGCAAAGGGCAUUUUAUCUUAUCUCAGUCAUCUUUACAAUAAAGUUAUGUUGGGGUUCAUUUAAUGUUGAAAGAC